CGUACACUACAAGCUGUGGUGUGUGAAGAUGUGGCGCGUUCACAACCUGCUGUUCUUCCUCUGCAUUCCUCUGAGUCGUGUGACCAGUGCUGCAGGUGUGCUACGUGUGUUUGGAUACGAAGGGAGAGAAGCUAAUGUUUCCUGCCACUAUAGAAGAACACAUCAGUCUAAUAAGAAGUACUUCUGCAAGAACGACUGCAGCAGGGAAAGGGAUAAGAUCACACAAACAAAGGAGGACAAAUACUCCAUAUAUGAUGACAAAGACAAACAACUCUUUACGGUGACCAUCUCUGAGCUGACUUAUAUGGACGCUGGGAAAUACUGGUGUGGGGUGUCCAGAUUUGGACGGGACAUCUACACUGAAGUCAGGCUGGAUGUAGUACCAGACAGCUGCUGUGACAAUGUGACCAAAAUCCAAAGUGACGGAGAAGAUUCGGUGUCCUUCAGUUGUACGUAUGAUUCUGAGCACGAGACCAACCUGAAGUACGUCUGCAGGGGGAAGCAGCCGUCCACAUGUCUGCAGCAGGCACUGAUCACCUCUGACCACCAACAAAGCGGACGGUUCGUUCUAACUGAUGACAAGGAGUCCAGAAAAUUCACAGUAACCAUAAGCAGUCUGACCCAAAAGGAUUCUGGGUUGUACCUUUGUGGCGUCCAUAGAAACACCGGAUUGGAUGUUUUCUCUGCUGUUGAGCUGGAAAUCAAAGAUGCUGCAACCAUUCUGCACAUUGUGGCUUACGUUCUGCCCACAUCUCUGGCUGUACUGCUCAUACUGACAGUAACUUUGGUCACGGUUUACAAAUGUAAAUGUUACAAAGGUUCUGACGUCAGCAUGAAAGCAAAGAACAUCACUGAAGCAGGAGAAGCAAAGUUUUUGGAUCAUAUUUAUGAAAAUCAAGGAUCCGAGGUGUGUGCAAUGUGGGAUUCCUCUGAACAGCACAACAGUCACGUCUAUGAUAAUGAGGAUGGCAGCGAUAUGUACUAUAAGUUUACUGCACCUGAACACAUCUACUGUAAUCAUUAUGAAAUCAAAUAAAACAAAGUCACAACAAAGUGAAUGGAUGCA